UCUCGCCUCCAGACUUCACACAACGAUGAAGACAGUGGCUCUGGUGCUCAGUGUGGCGGCGGUGGUGAUGGCGCGUGCGUCCCCUCAGGGAUAUGGAGUCCCAGGGACUGGAGGGUCCGGGGGCCAGUACUCCUCUUCCCCAGCCAAUUACAACUUCCAGUGGGACGUUGACGACUCUGCCUCAGGCAACUUCUACGGCCACAGGGAACAAGCAACCGACGGCAACGUCCAGGGCAGUUACUACGUACAGCUGCCGGAUACCCGCCGCCAGCUGGUGGAGUACACCGCUGACGACUCCGGCUACCACCCCGUCGUCACCUACGAAGGUCAGGCCGAGUUUGGUGGCGGCGGCGGCAAGGGGUCUUCUGGAUCAGGUGGAGGCUACUCCUACAGUGGUGGCAGCGGCGGCGGCAUCAGCGGCGGUGGUGGCCAGGGUACUUCUGCACCAGCUGGAGGCUACUACCCGUAGCCAUGACCUCUUUAUGCUUAAACUUUAAGACGUUUACUAUUUUUGCUUUUCAGUUAAGCCCUAACUGACCUCAUCUUGCCUAAUAUUACAUUUAGGAGACUUGUAAAUUAGUCACGAGUGUUUACGUUGUAUAUAUUAUAUACCAAAAAAGUCAUGCUGGUUUUGACAAAUAACUAUGGAUCAAGUAUAUAUAUAUGUCUUAAUAAAUAG